UCAACCACGUCAACGCUUCAUAAAACGACGUCGCAUAAAGGCACCCUCUUGACCGGCAAGACUCGACUGUAUCGACUACAACCACUAUUUAGCAUUGAAUCCACGUUCUCAAGUAAAUUCUCAAGUCUCUCAUCCCCCUCCACCCCCCACAGAUCCACUGCCACUACAGCAACGACAGCCACCUAAAAAAUGACUAAACCACCGCACCUCAUCCUCCGCCUCCUCGUCCUCGUUCUCCUCAUCUCCCUUUCCACCGCCGAGAUAAAAAAUCUAACAAUCACAAACGACGCGCGAGACAUGAUCGUCUUCGAAAAAUUCGGAUUCACACCAACUGGACACGUUACAAUCUCCGUCAACUCCGUCUCCGUUGCCUCUUCUCUCAACGCUGGAAAUCCACUCUCUUCACGCCUCGGCUUCUUCCUUCUCUCCGAAGAAUCUCGCCUUCAGGUCCUCCUCGAGAUCCAGCAAAGCCCUAACUUCUGCGUUCUCGAUUCCCACUUCAUUCUCUCUCUCUUCACUUUCCGCGACCUCUCACCGCCUCCUCUCUCGUCUUUCAGUCAAUCUUAUCCGGUCACUGCUCCAAAUGAAUACUCACUCUACUUCGCCAAUUGCGCGCCGGAAACGCGCGUUUCCAUGUCUGUCAAGACCGAGAUUUAUAAUUUAGAUCGCGACGGAUCUAGAGAUUAUCUUUCUGCAGGGUUAACGCAAUUGCCUUCGUUAUAUUCUCUUUAUUUCAUCGCUUAUGCUGGAUUUUUAGGGCUAUGGAUUUAUGUUCUGUAUAGUAAUAAAAGAUCUGUCCACCGGAUCCAUUUGUUAAUGGGGGGGUUGUUACUUAUGAAAGCUCUUAAUUUGAUCUGUGCCGCCGAGGAUAAGCAUUAUGUGAAGGUUACAGGGACUCCACACGGUUGGGAUGUGUUGUUUUAUAUUUUCCAGUUUAUUCGUGUGGUUUUGUUGUUUACCGUUAUUGUUUUGAUUGGGACUGGUUGGUCGUUUCUGAAACCCUUUUUGCAAGAGAAAGAGAAGAAGGUGCUAAUGGUUGUGAUUCCACUCCAGGUUUUGGCUAAUAUAGCUUCGGUUGUGAUUGGUGAAACUGGGCCCUUUAUUAAGGAUUGGGUGACUUGGAAUCAGGUGUUUUUGUUGGUUGAUAUUAUUUGUUGUUGCGCAAUUAUUUUCCCCAUUGUGUGGUCGAUCAGAUCGUUGAGAGAGACUUCCAAGACAGAUGGGAAGGCUGCUAGGAAUUUGGCGAAAUUGCAGUUGUUUAGGCAGUUUUAUAUUGUGGUUAUUGGGUACUUGUAUUUCACGAGGAUUGUGGUGUUUGCAUUGAAGACGAUUGCAGCUUAUAAGUAUCAGUGGGUGAGUAAUGCUGCCGAGGAGACUGCUAGUUUGAUGUUUUAUAUGGUGAUUUUUUAUAUGUUUAGGCCCGUGGAGAAGAAUGAGUACUUUGUUCUUGACGAGGAGGAUGAGGAAGCUGCAGAGUUGGCUUUGAGGGAUGAAGAAUUCGAGCUUUGAAAUGGAUAGAAGUUGGGGUGAUUCUACUGCUGCAAAUUUAAUGUUUUGCUGAAAAAAAUUUCUGGGACAGGUCUGACAUUGCAGCUGCUGCUCUUAAUUUACAUUUAGUUUUUUGCAAUGUCGUUUUCCUGCUAUAGAAACUUUGGUAUUUACUGAGUAGUGGCUGUAUUUUUUGUUAAUGAAUUUUCCAUGUCGGAAGCUGAUAAUUACUUGUGCACUUCUUUAUAUGGUGUGUUAAAAUGAAAUGCCACGCAUUCUGUUAUCAUUGAACUA